AUGUCUCUCGCCAUGCCUCCUACUCCACCACCCUCUUCUUUUUAUCUGUCACGUUUCCUCUUCUUUUCUCUUCUACCUUCAAGCCUUCACCACCUCCUCAUGCUUUUUCUUCCUAACUUUCUCUUGCCAUUCUUCCCUUCCGUCAUACCUCCCCUUUUUAUUCAUCUUGUUCUUUUUCUUGUUCUUCUUGAUACUUUUUUUUUUUUCUGUUAUUUCUCUUUUGUCUUUAUCAUGCUAUCUCCUCUUUCAUCGUUAUUCUUCUUCCUCCUCUUCAAACUUUUCUUCCUCUUUUUGUUUCUUCAUUCUCUUUCUCCUUCUUCACACCUUCUCUCUUUCCACCUCCUUCUUUUUCGUUUUCUUCUCGCUAUUUAUUCCAGCUCCUCGUUUAAUUCUUCUUCUUCUUCUUCUUCUUCUUCUUCUUCUUCUUCUUCUUCACUAUUUUAUUUAUUUCCUUUUCUUUUCCGACAGCCCGAUGCAACCAGGUUUGUAAGCACAUUUCUCAGUUAUUUUCUCUAUUCUCUUUUUCAUUUUCUUUUAAAAAUACUCCACUCCAUCCUCUCUCUUCGUUUCUUUUCUCAACAUUCUCACUUUGGCUUUCUCUUUCUUUCGUCUUUACAAACUCAAAGCGUCUCUUUCUUUUCACUUCCACUAACUCGAUUCGCCAAGAAACCACUCAAAACCCAGGUUCAUAGCCUACAUAUGCCACAGACCUUUGCAGUGACCUUUCAAACUUUCCCUCAACCCGUAGGCAAGUCUAAACCUUCUUUAGACGCGAUCCGAACUUUGUAA